GUGAAUUGAAGCUAAAAGGGCUAUAUACCUUGGUAUAAUUAACCGGCUCCAAAGUAUAUAAGAAUCGUGACAUUCUGCUCCCUAGCUUCUUUCUUUGUGUCCCGUAUUCAUACCUCUAUAUUCAAACAUUCAUGAACCGCACGUUUCUACAUUGUCUACCUGGACACAAAUCCACCAGGAUUUACUCUAAUUUUGUGACGCUAUCAGCGACGACAACUACCAAAACACUCAACAUCCCAACCAGACGGUUUUAUAGCUUUGUGCCGAACCCCGCCUGUGUGGUCCAAAGGAAAGCACAUCAGAUCAGAAUGUCUUCACAAUCAGCAGCCGGCAAAAUCACCGACUGGGUCAAACCCGGCGACGCGUCGGGUGAGUUCAAGCGCCAGGUUUCAUCCUUCAGGAACUGGGUCAGCAGCGAUGCGGGUGCGCAGUUCCCGGCCGAAAAGGGCCGGUACCACCUGUACGUGUCGUACGCCUGCCCCUGGGCGACGCGGGUCCUGAUCGCCCGCAAGCUCAAGGGCCUCGAGGACAUCAUCUCCUUCUCGUCGGUGCACUGGCACCUGGGCGAGAACGGCUGGCGCUUCCCCACUGCCGAGGAGGCGGCCAACCCGGACGGCGAAAACGUCAUCCCGGACCCCUGCCCGGGCCACGAGGCCUUUACGCACCUCAGGCAGGUCUACUUUGCCGCCGAGCCCGAGUACGAAGGCCGCUUCACCGUGCCGGUCCUGUGGGACAAGGUGCAAAAGACGAUUGUGAGCAACGAGAGCAGCGAGAUCCUCCGCAUGUUCGGGUCUGCGUUUGACGGCAUCAUCGAGGAGAAGUUCAAGGGUGUGGAUCUGUACCCCGAGUCGCUCAGGGCGCAGAUCGAGGAGGCGCACGGCUGGCAGUACGACCUCAUCAACAAUGGUGUUUACAAGUCCGGCUUCGCCACCACGCAGGAGGCGUACGAGCGCAACGUAAAGGCCUUGUUUGAGGCUCUCGACCGCGCAGAGGAGCACCUCGCUGGCGCCGAGGGGCCGUACUGGUUCGGAAAGGAUAUAACCGAGGUUGAUAUUAGACUUUUCGUCACCCUGAUCAGGUUCGACCCGGUCUACGUGCAGCACUUCAAGUGCAACAUCCGCGACAUCCGCUCCGGGUACCCACACCUGCACAAGUGGAUGCGCAACCUGUACUGGAACGUGCCGGCCUUCAAGGACACGUGCAACUUUUUGCACAUCAAGAACCACUACACAAAGUCCCACAAGCAGAUCAACCCCUUCUCCAUAACCCCCGUCGGUCCUCUGCCUGACAUCCUGCCGCUGGACGAUGAUGUCCCGGCUGUGAAGGCUGCCAAGUCUGUUUGAGGCGCUCUGGAUGGGGAGAAAAGGAGAAGAAAAAAAGAAAAGAAAAAGAAAAAAAAAACCCCAGAUAUAAUAGAGUGUGGCGUUUUGUUUUGGUCCAGAAGUUUCAGCGACCGAAAAA